AUGAACAGCGACGAACUCAGAGAAGAAGAAAUAUAUGCCGACUAUGCGCGCAAUAACCUUGCCCAGCGCGUGCUUGAGGCCCCCUCGCUUCAUCUUGCCCAGUCCCUCGUGAUGCUCUCGUUUUAUGAAUGGGGAACUGGACGACCAUAUCAAGCUUGGAUGUAUAGUGGCAUGGCGACUUACAUGAUUCAAUCCCUUUUGAAGAUGGCAGACGAUAGCAUGGAACACAAUCCUCAGGAGUUUCACGCAUCCCAAACACAGUACGAACAGCUGGUCCGAACCUACUGGUGCUGCUUUGCACAAGACUGCGAGUUGAGCUCAGGGGCCCGUCAGCACUUCGCGCUAUCGUUUUCUCAGAUCUCAGUUCCUCUCCCUAUUAGUGAUCGAGACUUCACAUUUAAUCAUUCUCCAGCCAGUCGGUUGAUGCCUGCUGAUAUGAAUAAAGACUGUUUGCUAGCGAAGGAUCUCACAAUUGAGCAUGGCCUCACAAUCGUUACUCGAGGAUUUGACAUAUUUGUACGAAUCCUAAGAUUUGCGAGCGAACAUCGGCGAUCACUAGCUUCCUUGUCUUCGAGUGACUCGGCUUCCCCGCUCCUCUUGACUUGGCAGGUUCUCAAGGAGGAGCUGGAUGAGUGGAGAUCUCUUCAGGAUAUAACGGUUAGGUUCCCGGCUACCAGCGUUCAGUCACAUGUGGCACUCGGGUACGGGGAGCUAUUUGCGUACAUCAAUCUAGUUCAUUGCAUGAGCAUCCUUUUUCUCCACCGGGACCGCUUCUUAUCCAGCCUCAAGCCCCAUUCCGACGUUUUCCAUGACACGGAUGAUGACGCGCAGGGCGAACCCGAUACAAUCAAACAGCUGUUUGAAGCCGCUCAGCAGAUUGGGAGUAUCCUCGAUGCACUAGACGCCUCUGGUGCACCCGUCAUAUCACCAUAUUCUGGCUUCAGCGUCUUUGUCGCCGCUCAUAUCAACAUGUACGGAACAAUUGUCCCCCAGCGAUAUCCGGGCGGUCUCAAGCGGGCAGAGGAAGAAAAGAGCCGAAAUCUUCUCUACCUUGAGCGAUUAAGCAAACUCUGGCCCGUUGGUCAUAGCUGGGUAACUAGUUCCAACACACCUCUAACCAAGUAUCGCAACUAA